GCUGAAGAGCCUCCCUCGGCACUGCGCAGUCCCUGUGCCUGUGCCACAGGCCCAAAGCACCCUUUUGCCUCCAUCUUGCCCUAGUUUUGCUCUAGCUAGCACACUGUGGGUCACACUGCAGCCAGUACUGGUUGCUGCACAGUGUGUUGGGCUUUUUGGGUGGGCUUGAAGACCCCCAAACACCCCCCAGAGCCCCACCAGGCUCUGUCUGCCUGCUGCUGCCUCAGCCGAAGGUAGGUCCCUGCGCUGGGGGAGCAGCAAGAGGGGACCCAGACCCCAAGAGCAGCUCAGGGGAAGAACAAACCCUUUCCACACACAUUUGGCUGUAGGUUUUCCCCCCGUUUCCUUUUCCUCCUCAGAAAGCAGCACCAGCCACCCCCACUGCCAUCGCGAGGCAGCGGCCGCAUCAUGGACCCCUGCCAGGAGGUGUUUCAGAAGCUGGAGAAGAUCGGGGAGGGCACCUAUGGCGUGGUGUACAAGGCUCGCAACAAGCGCACGGGGCAGCUGGUGGCCCUCAAGAAGAUCCGCUUGGACUCGGAUACGGAGGGUGUCCCCAGCACUGCAAUCCGAGAAAUCUCACUGCUGAAGGAGCUGAAGCACCCCAACAUAGUAAGGCUUCUGGAUGUCAUACACAACCAGAAGAAGCUCUAUCUGGUGUUUGAGUAUCUGAAUCAGGACCUGAAGAAAUACAUGGACUCAUCCCAAACCAGAGAGCUUCCUUUAAGCUUGGUCAAGAACUACCUUUUCCAGCUGCUGCAGGGUGUGAGCUUCUGCCACUCACAUAGAGUCAUCCACAGGGACUUGAAGCCACAGAACUUGCUCAUUAACGAAGCAGGAGUAAUCAAGCUGGCUGAUUUUGGGCUGGCAAGAGCUUUCGGUGUCCCCCUGCGCACGUACACUCAUGAGGUAGUGACUCUGUGGUACCGAGCCCCUGAAAUACUGUUGGGAUGCAAAUAUUACUCAACCCCUGUGGAUAUCUGGAGCAUCGGCUGCAUCUUUGCAGAAAUGGUGACCAGGAAGGCCCUGUUUCCAGGGGACUCUGAGAUCGAUCAGCUCUUCCGGAUCUUUCGCACUCUGGGCACUCCCACUGAGGAGACCUGGCCUGGAGCGACCCAGCUGCCUGAAUACAAGGAGAACUUUCCCCGGUGGGCAGGGAAGGAGAUGACAGAAAUUGUUCCCAGCUUAGAUCGAGAUGGUAGAGACUUACUGGUGCAAUUGCUCCUGUAUGACCCCAGCAAGCGCAUCUCAGCCAAGGCAGCCCUCAGUCACCAGUACUUCUUCCAGAGAAGCCCUCGGAAGCCUGAAGAGCAACGUGUGCUGCAGAAACACUGCAGAUGAGAAAAUACAUUUGGGAUCCCUUCUCCUGAGGGGACAUUCUUGCAUUUAGAGACUCUCAU